CUUUGUUCUGUCACUGACGUCUCACCGGUACCAUCCAGCGGACUGCUGGUACAUCUUCAUCUUCAGGCCGACUGUCUUCGUCCAUCACCGGCCUGACGACGAGCCGCUGACAGCUGGACCGGAACCGGCACCGCCUGUUUAGGCUAGCAUGGACCGGACUCGGAGCUCGUGACACGGAGCCCACCGGCCUCGGAGGACGCGGUGUAGGGUCAGUAGGGACGUUCGAGUUUCUGAGCGGCGGUUCUUGACGUGAAGUCCAAUGUCAGCAUCAAGGAGAACCGCUUAAAGCACCGCCUCUGUCCCCCUACGCCCCCCCACCCCAGCCCAGCCGAGCUGCGGGAUGAGCAAAAGCGCCUGACCGCCGUGUGGGGGGGCUGCUGGCGGGAACACGCUCGGAUGUUUGCCUGAGACUCCGUCAUUGGGCCGGACCGUGCACGCGGAGGGAGUCCGGACAGAUGAGCUGGUUCCGGGGGGAGGAUGUGAAGAUGGGCCCGCUGCUGGCGCUCGUGUGGCUCGUGAGCGGCUUCGUGCACGGCGUGCACGGUCAGGGCGUGUACGCGCCACCCACCGUUCGCAUCGUGCACUCCGGCCCGGCGUGCAGCGUGGAGGAGGAGCGACACAAUGAGCGUGUUUACACCAUCCGAGAAGGAGAAACACUGGAAGUACUUUGUCUGGUCACUGGACACCCCCGCCCUCAGGUACGUUGGACUAAAACGGCAGGCGGCGCUUCAGAGCGUCAAGGCGAGUCUUCGCCACACAACGAAACUUUGAAGAUUGAAAACAUUGAUCGCCACCAGGGAGGGCGCUACUACUGCAAGGCAGACAACGGAAUGGGAUCGCCAGCCAUUCGAUCCAUACGAGUGGACGUCUACUUUCUGGAUGACCCGCUGAUCACGGUGCAUCAGAGCGUGGGCGACGCCAAGGAGCUCUUCUACUUUGAGAGGACCGUCUUCCUGCGCUGCGUCGCCACCUCCAACCCCCCGGUGCACUACACAUGGCGGCGAGGCCGAGAGGUUCUAUCGCAGGGUGUGGACGCCGGCGUGGACAUCUACGAACCCUUUUUCACACAGGGUGAGACAAAGAUCCUGAAGCUGAAGAAUCUUCGUCCUCAAGACUAUGCCAACUACACUUGCAUCGCCUCAGUCAGGAACGUGUGCGCCAUUGCAGACAAGAGUGCACACUUUAGUCUCAACAACAGGACAGGUGCGCACGUGGAUGUCUGUCCAACGUGCACAAGGUCAUUGCUGGUUUGUUUGUUUUCUCCACCAGCCCCUCCCUCCAUUAAGCUCCUCCUGGACGACCCCCUGGUGGUGAACCCGGGGGAGACGGUCACGCUGGUGUGUGUAGCGUCCAGCGGGACGCCUCCUCCCACGCUGCAUUGGGUGAGGCCCGGGGGAGAAGAUCUCCCGAAGAGAAGCGUGAUGAAGGGCGGCACACUGACCAUUCCCACCGUCACCGUUGAGGAUGGCGGCGCUUACAGCUGCGUGGCGUCCAACAACGUGGGAAAUGCCGCCAGGAAGUCUACCAACAUUCUGGUCAGAGGUCUUCGCAAAGCACGCUUCUGGAUCACGCCGGACCCGUAUCACAACGAUGACAACAUUCAGAUCGGGCGUGAGGUGAAGAUCAGCUGCCAAGUGGAGGCCACUCCCCCUGAAGAGCUACAGUUUGGCUGGCUGAAGAACGGGCGGCCACUGAGGAGCUCCGAGCGGAUGGUCAUUACCCACACGGAUGCCGAAGUGUCGCCGGGCGUAACCAACCUUGACAUCAUCGACCUCAAGUUCACCGACUUUGGCACGUACACGUGCGUGGCGUCACUAAGGGAUGGAGGAAGUCCUGAGAUCAGCAUCGACGUCAACAUCUCUUCCACCACAGUUCCUCCCGAGCUCAGCGUCCCCAGGGGGCGCUCUCACAUCAUCGCUCAGGAGGGCGACACGGUGGAGCUGCAGUGUUUGGUGUCGGGCAAACCCAAGCCGAUCGUCCUGUGGUCCCGCCUGGAGGAGACCCCGGCGGCCACACCUUACGCAGCCGACGCCUCCACCCAGACAGAGAGCUACGAUGGCGUGCUGAGGCUUGGCAACGUGACACGAGAGAUGGGUGGGACUUACUGCUGCCAGACCAGCCAAUACAAUGGCUUCAACGUCAAGCCCAGACAGGCGCUCAUCCAGCUGGUGGUGCAGUUUCCUCCCGUGGUGGAGCCUGCCUUCUCGGAAGUCCGCCAGGCUCUGGGGCGGGCCUUUAGCCUGACGUGCCGGCUGCUCCGUGCACACCCGGCCCGCCUACUACGCUACGAGUGGAAGCUGGGGUCCCGCCUUUUGACUGUGGGUCAGUUUGACGACGACCAGGACGACACGCACUAUCAUGUGCGCGCUCUCAACCGAGAAGGCUAUGGCGAGUACACAUGUGACAUCAGCAAUGAGGCAGGAGCCGGGCGCUGCACCUUCCUGGUUACAGGGAAGGCGUACCCUCCAGAACUGUAUUACGACACGCAGGGGGCCCUUUGGCAGAACCAGCCUCAGGCUUACGGCUUCAAGCUGCAGUGGACUCAAAUGGAGCCCAGUGGGGUGGAUCGCAUCCUGGCCUACAGGCUGGGCAUCAGACAGGUGCCUCCAUGCUUUCCACAGGUCACGUCACCCUUUCUUCAGGAAGUGGGUGGGGCUUGUACAAAAGUCUUGUGUGUGAUGUGCAUGUGUGUGUGUGAGGUGGGACAGUCGCGCUGGUGGGAGCAGGAGAUCACCAUGGAGGGAAGCAUCCACAAGGGGGAGCUGCUGACAUACAACCUGACUGAACUGGUCAAGCCCGAGUCCUACCUGGUCCGCCUCACGCCCAUCACCCGCUACGGUGAGGGCGACGCCACCGAGCGCAUCAUCGCCUAUAGCCCCCCAGUGAAUCCACACCUCAGGGAGUUCCAGUGUGGUUUCGAGGAAGAGGCCUUGUGUCUGUUCUCUCAGGACAAAAGUGACGACUUUGACUGGACACGUCACAGUGCGGCGUCACGUGACACCAAAUACACACCAAACACUGGACCCAGUGCUGACCACGGCGGCUCCAAGCAAGGCUUCUACAUGUACAUCGAGACAUCCAGGCCGAGACUGGAGGGCGACAAGGCCCGCCUCCUGUCACCCUCUUUCAACAUGGGCUCCAGAAGUGGCGCCACCUACUGCUUGGCCUUCUACUACCACAUGUACGGGAAGCACAUAGGAGCACUCAACGUCCUCCUGCGUCAGAAAGGUCAGACAGCGACAGACGCGUCAGUGUGGAGUCAAAGCGGGAACCAAGGCGACCGUUGGCGACGAGCCGCCAUCAGCAUCCGCCCCACUGCAGCUUUCCAGGUGGUGAUGGAGGGCGUGCGUGGCGCAGGCAUUGAGGGAGACAUUGCCAUCGAUGAUGUCACCAUAGAGGAGGGUGAAUGCAAAGAUCCUCCACCCAACAACCUGAGGUCGCUGGCCCCACUCUGCUCACCCUGUUUAUGGUGGCUGGGUAUAACGUUGAGCUUGAUUCUGAUUGGCCGACAAAGGUGACCCCACGGCCUCAGACUCCUUUGAGCCCGCCCUUCCCGCUCCCCCAAACAGUGCUGUCAUGGCUGCACGUAGAUCCCACCCACCAAUGAUGUCACGACAGGGCACCGUCUUCAGUGGGCGCGGCAACCAGGUGACAUUAAGUGCCUUCAUGCUCCUGGAGGAAACACAGUCAGUUGUCACCACAGCAACAAGAGUGGGACAUCACAGCGGACGUGCAGGAGCACUGCGUGUUACUGUGUUUUUCCAAAUAAAAGGCUCUACAGUGUGGAGUUGAUUUUUAAAGAAGCACAAAAAGACAGGAACGUUCUAGAAGUCCUUUUGACCAAGAUGUGGAACACUUGAGGAACUUCCUGUUUAUUUUUCCUUCAGCAUGUUUAACGACAAGCUCCGCCUCCACAUUACAAUAAAACCUUUUUUGUUAA